AUGACUAAGCUACUGCUGUUAGUAGUAGUGCUUUGCACUACUACUAACUACGCAUCCGCUAAGGGCUUCAGUACCACCAAACUGUCCGGAUUCAUGGCAAUUUCCCAAGAUCUGUAUUCCGGAAUAAGCGACACUGUUAAAUCUUUUAAACAAACAUCAACUAAGGCUCCUCCGGACGCAAAUAACAAGCUAAAAAAAAUCGACGAUGCGACUAAGGGACUUGGCGAGACCUCCAAGAAGUUAAAUACUUCGCUGACGAACUUUAAAGAAGCAACCGAUGUCAUAAUCGAAAACCUCGAUGAGAUCGGCGGUAAAGUCGACGACAUCCACGACGUCGCGGAGGUAAUGCUUCGCCGAUUGGACAAAGUAGUCCAGAACCUUGCAAGAAUCACCGCGGAGUUCACGAAGAUUCCCAAAGCUGUUACCAACAAGAUGGAGCAGAUGCUCAACCUUAUUCUGAAGCAGCAAGCCACUCAGCAAACCAUGGACAAUCAGCUGUUGCAAUUGUGGCAGCACACCACUAACAUAGACACUUGGUAUGAGAAAUUCCUAAUCGUCAUCAACCCGGACCGUCCACUGCAACAAGCUACUUACGACAGAUUCUACGAAAUUGUUACCACCAAAGAAAAUGAUGGUAUGGAUAAAACCAUCAAAUACAUUCAUGCGAUGUUCACUACCGGUACUGGCAAUUCUUCCAUCCACGACAAUAUCCUCGAAUUUGUCAACAUCUAUCAGAAGCAACUAGGAUUUGAAAGUAAGUGCGAUUUGCAAAGGUCAUUUCAAGAACAACUGAGAGUUAUUUACAAUAUUGUUGUCGUCAGCGAGCUUCGAGUCUUUAUGAUGAAAGUGUUUGUGCACCACCGCAAGCGAAUCGAGACCAAAAACUACAAGAACGAUUUAAAAAUAGCGGUUGAAGAAUCACUAACUCGCAUGAGUGGAUACCUGCAAGCUAUGAAAUUAGCCACCAAACGUUCAUCAGCGGAAAUUUUUCGCUGCGAUCCACCAAACCCUGUUAUCAACGAUGAUGUUUUCCGAUUGGACGGUCUCUUUGGGCUCUAUUACUUCAAUGUGCAACAGAUCAGUAGCGAUUGUGAGAUAAAGGACCUCAAGAUCAUAGACUUUCAGGGACAUGUCGAUUCCUUGGAUUUGACGCAGUCAGGCGCAUAUGUCCAAAGUUACCGUCCUAGGUAUCAAUGUCAUGGUCGGAUACAUAAAUGCUUCGAAGGUGGAAAGCGAACAUUCUGUGAGGCUAGACUAGGAACUGGAAAACGUUACGAAUGGAUGAGUAACAAGAAUACAACGUACCACGACUGCAACGGUCGUUACAUCGACACCCUCGCCAAAGCUCUAUGCGCAGACGUAAUUUGCCAAUGUUCUGAAGAAGGUCCUGAAUCAACAGCAACCCGAGCAUUUAAUUUACGCCCACAAUAUUCCGAUGUGAAAAAAAACAAAGUCGUGACAAACGUAAAACUGCGUAAGAAGGACAACGUAGUCCACAUCCAGAUACAGCAAGGAAUACUCCAAGCCGAAGGACGCGUCGACGAAGACAGCCUGGAGUGGGUGCCACUUGGAAAGUUCAUAAGAAGUGUAAGCGAGGACGAAGAAGGCUUCCAUUGGACGGACAAUGAAGAAUUAUGGCCGUUGGUUGAAGACCAGGAUUACACAUACGUCGCGCAUGACCGAGCAGAACUCAACCUUGACGACAUCCUCGUCGAAACGGGCUACAUCGUCACGGGGGUCAAAUUCGAAAGACAGAAUCUUAAUCCUAGACAAGGGCUAAACAUGAGCCCCCUUAGGUUGAAAGUACACGGAACCAAAUUCAACUACGUCGAAGGAAAGCUUUCUAUACCGACAGACGCCCAAGAAUUGAAAUUGGAUGAUCGACGAUACUUUAAGGAUAAAAUUUCCAUGGAGGGUAAAAGAGACUCAAUGCUGAGUGGAGGCAACCGAAUUGAUGCAAGACCAAAUUCAGCCGUCGAAUUUCAACCAACGAACUUCGAUACCGAUUUUGGACAAACGACCAUUCCGUACUUCGACGCACGUCCUGCUAUCAUUGUGGAUGGAGUAGCACUUGGAGGAAUUGCUCUCACCCAUCGCGGAAUUCCAGGUUAUGGAGGAUACGUUGCGCCUAAAGUAUUCUCAAUUAAUCACGCGGAGUACAUUGAAAUCGAUAUUGAUGAUAUUUCUGCUGCAGCCAGUGAGAUUGUUGAGAAUCUCCGCAACGAAGAGGAUUCUAAUUCGAUAUACAAACUCGGGCUGUUAAUGAAUGACACCAACUUGGUGGCUCGUCAUGUCAUCGGCGAUCACCUCAUCGCGCUAUCAGAGUCAAUGAAGAAAUCACUGGACCCGUUGAUUGAAGCGCAUAAUGAUUCAUGGGACUUCAACGACGUAACGACAAAACUGGUUAAUUCCUUUGGACAAUUCGAUCAAUUUUUCGAAACAUUCGUCGCACUGGUAGCUUACGACACUAGCGAAAAUUCUAUUGACAACCAGCUUAAUAGAGAUAUGGUCGAAAAUUUCGUUUCCGAAAUCAUUAAGGAAAACAAAUUGGAGAAUAUCAUCACCUCGAUUUAUGAAGCGGUGACACCAAGUGAGUCCAACAACACAUUUUCCUUCCUUAGCGACUAUCUCAAGCAAUUUGAUGAGAAUUUUAAAAAUUAUCAACGAUGUGAUUUUACCAUUCCGGUGCAAGACAGCAUCAAGAACGUCUACGAUUUGGUGGUUCUAAACGAAAUCCGGGGAUUCGCGAUGAUUCUUUUUGCUCUUAAUUAUCAACAAAUAACUUCUGAAGUCGCCAAUGAAAAUACCAUUUCGGAAAAAAUAUCGAAUUUUAUUGAGCGAGUCCACACGACACUUGGUAUAUCAAAGACGUUGACAUACAACGCUAGGAUAGAUUUACUUGCCUGCGAUCCGAAUCAACAUGUACUAGAUGAAACCUGUUUCCGAUUGGAAGAUUUGUUCACAAAGUACUUUGCAAACGAACGACAAUUGUCUGAUACAACUGACGUUAAUUUCAAGUACUUUUCCACUUACAACCGCAUUGAGUGUUUAGAUGAAACGAACAAUAAGAAUGAACUGCAACUGAAGUAUUACUGCCCUGAGCGGCAAUGCUUUGGGAAAAUACACGACUGCAGAACAGUGAAUCCAAUGUCGGCGUUCUGCGAAUCGCUAAACCCAUCCGGUCCUCGGUAUCUGUGGGCCGUGGACAAAUACAACAGCUCGGAUAUUGAGAACUGUCCUGGAGAAUUUAUUGAUACGAUGACUAAAUCUCCGUACAGGAGCUUGAUGUGCCAGUGCUCUGAAGAGGGCGCUGAGUCGGAAGCGACUCGGGCUAUCAACAUGAAUCCGCAAAUGGCGGAUAUCAACAAUAACAUGGUGGUGACAAACGUGAAAUUCUUGAAACAAGACAACAUGAUCCACCUCCAAAUCGAGCAAGGAGCUUUACUACCCGAAGCCAAAAUCGACCCAGACACUGUAGAAACAGUUCCAGUCGGCAGAUUCCGUUACUUGAAGAACACAGACAAUGGCUCAUUCGUGAUGAUCAACCCUAGUGAUCAUGAUGAUGAAAUUUACCUCAAAUACGACACUAACUAUACGUUCAUCACUCACGACCACAACGUGCUCCAUCUAGACGAAAUCAACGUCGACAGAAGCUACGUUGUCACUGGCGUCAGACUUAGAAACUCGGAAUUCAACCCUGAGAAUGGAAUCAACACCUCGCCAAUCGAGUUGCAGGUACAUGCCACUAAGUUCGAUUACCACAAGGGUGUCCUACGUCCGGAUCUAUCUAAAGGAACAGUAUGGAUGACGCCUAAGAACUUGGACAACCGUCCCGGGUACACGAGCGGAAGGCAGUUGUUGGACUUGUCGAAUAUGGAAGAUUCGAUGACUGAAGAAUUCGUCAAUGUAGUGGAUUCACUGCCCAAUCAAGAGAUCGAAUUCCAGCCUUCGGCCGUCAGUGGAAACUUGGGACAAACUACUAUUCCGUACUUCGAUGCGCGAGCACCUGCAGUAAAUAACCUCAGAGCACUGAAAGGAGUAGGAAUCAUCCAUAGAGGAGUCGAUGGAUUCGGAGGAUUUUUAGCUCCGAAGUUAAUGACUGUUGAUCAUACUGAGUAUGCCUUAGCCAAUGUAAAAGCUUCAGAUAGGAAGAAGUGGAUGAAAGAAUGGUUGAAAUAA